GACAUCAAGCGCAUCGUCAAGGGCAGGGCUCUGCACGCCUCCCUGGACCGGAAGCUCCUCCAGCCGCACUCUACCAGCAAGCGUGCGGCACAUGCUGUUUUCAAGGCCGGCCUCCUGAACCACGACGAGCAAACGCAGAUGCACCGCAUGUUCGAGCAGGCGGACACCGCCAAGCACAUCACAAACAUGAGCGUCGUCAAUCUCGCAGUGCUGUCCGACUCGCUCACACUCUGGUCCGAGCAGGUGCGCUCCGCCACCGACCCAUUCGUUACCACGAGCAUGCUCUUCGACCCGCUCAAGACCAUGGCUACACACAGCGGCGAAGCGAUGCAGACAUUCUCCGAUAUGGUGAACCAGAUGACAGCCACUGCACACAAGACGCUCUACACCAAGGUCGUCGCGCAGUUGCAGGAACAUCCCGCGGCGACGUGCACGGAUCACGAGGCCAUCAACCAGCGGAUCGACAAGGACAUGGUAACCCUCCAGAGCGAGAUGAUGAAGACAGUUUCCGAUCAG